AUGCGUCAUCACGCUGUCACUGCCCGACUCGCUGCCGCCGUCGCCAUCAGCACCGCACUGGUCAGUGCCCAAGAAUACACACCAAAGCAUGAACAUGGACGCUGCGCUUUCCGUGGGCAAUGCGGAAAGCAGAGCUUCUUCGGAAAGGAGCUGCCUUGUGUUGAUAAUGGUCUCGCCGAGGACCCCGAAGCCGAGCUUCGGAGCGAGCUUGUCGACCUCUGUGGCGAGGAAUGGCGUGAGGGACCAGUCUGCUGCACUUUACCGCAGGUCAAAGCCCUUAAAUCCGAACUCGGAACACCCAAUACCCUCAUCGGCUCUUGCCCGGCUUGCAAGCACAACUUCUUCAAUACAUUCUGCAAGUUUACUUGCUCUCCAGACCAGUCGCUCUUCGUCAACGUCACCAGUGCUGCUGAGAAAGGGGAUAAGCUGCUCGUUACUGAACUCGACCACCUUAUCUCGGACGAAUAUGGCGCUGGCUUCUACGAUAGCUGUAAGGAAGUCAAAUUUGGCGGCGCCAACUCGAAAGCCAUGAACCUCAUCGGAGGAGGUGCAAAGGAAUACAAGGCCUUCCUUAAAUUCCUCGGCGACAAGAAGCCCUUUGCCGGAUCCCCAUUUCAAAUCAACUUUCCCCGAACCUACGAGGACCCAGCAAUGGGUCCUUUAGACAUGAAACCCAAAAAGUGCAAUGAUGAGGACCCCGAUUAUCGCUGUGUCUGUGUCGAUUGUCCUGAAGUUUGCCCCGACCUUCCCGAGGUCAAGGAAUCUCGCUCGUGCCGGGUUGGCGCGCUGCCCUGCGUGUCGUUUGCCUCUAUCUUCGUCUACAGCGUGCUGCUCUUUGCUCUCGCCACACUCCUGUCUGGACAUGUCGCGUGGAGAAAGUAUUCCAAGAGACGAGCUGAGCGGACUAGGCUUCUGCACGAAGCUUCCCACAGCGACGAUGAGGACGAGGGUGGCCCGGUUCAAUCCGAGGCCAUGCGCGAUCGCCCUGUCAAACGAUACUGGCUAAACGACCGAUGCGAUAAAGCCUUUUACCAGCUUGGGCUUUCUGCUGCAAGUGCGCCUGCCUUGACCAUCACUAUUUGUUUGGUUAUAGUGGCGAUAUUGAGUGCCGGCUGGGUUCACUUUGACCUAGAAAAAGAGCCUGCGCGACUUUGGGUUAGCCCAUCCUCGGCCGCAGCGCAAGAGAAGGCAUAUUUCGAUGACAACUUUGGCCCUUUCUAUCGUGCCGAACAGGCUUUCCUUGUCAAUGACACGGUCUCUGAUGGACCGUCUCCAGUUCUCAGCUACGAUACUCUUCGGUGGUGGGUUGGUGUUGAAAGGAGCAUUCAAAAUCUCGAGAGCCCUACCUAUGGCAAGUACCUUCGGGAUCUUUGCUUCAAGCCGGCAAACGACGCAUGCGUCAUCCAGUCAGUGUCGGCGUAUUGGGGUUCCAAAGGCGGCUUUGGGCGCGAGACAUGGCAAGAUGAGCUCCGUGCCUGCGCCAAGAGCCCAGUCGAAUGUCGCCCUGAUUUCGGCCAGCCUAUUGAACCAGAGAUGAUUCUUGGCGGCUACGAUUUCGAUGUUGCGGAAGCCAAGGCCAUCACAGUUACCUGGGUCGUCAACAAUGCCCCUGGAGGCACCCCCGAAUUUGCGCAUGCCGUUGACUGGGAGAAUACCCUGCGUGACAAGCUCCUACAAGUCCAAAAAGAGGCCGCUGACCGUGGCCUCCGGCUUUCUUUCAACACUGAAAUCAGCCUUGAACAGGAACUGAACAAGUCUACAAAUACUGACGCCAAGAUUGUCGUCAUCAGCUAUGUUGUCAUGUUCAUCUACGCCUGCUUGGCAUUGGGCACGCCGCUGAAGCACAUCUUCCGCAACCCGGCCGUACUCUUGGUGGAAUCAAAGGUGACGCUCGGGCUGGUUGGCAUCCUCAUUGUGCUCAUGUCCAUCUGCGCAUCAAUCGGCUUCUUCUCUUGGGUAGGGUUAAAAGCCACUUUAAUCAUCGUUGAAGUUAUCCCUUUUAUUGUGUUGGCUGUUGGCGUCGACAACAUCUUCCUUAUCGUCCACGAGCUGGACAGAGUGAAUAUAAGCUGCCCUGAUCAGCUGGUCGAAGAGCGAGUCGCCCGAGCGCUUGGCAGAAUGGGACCUUCCAUCUUGUUCUCUGCUCUGACGGAGACCGUCGCCUUCGCACUCGGCGCUGCUGUCGGCAUGCCCGCUGUUCGCAACUUUGCCGCAUACGCGGCUGGUGCUGUAUUUGUGAAUGCUAUUCUGCAAAUGACGAUGUUUGUGUCGUUUCUUGCACUCAACCAGUUACGGGUCGAAGACUACCGCUGCGAACUGUGGCCAUGGUGGCAAGUCAAGACGGCCAGGGUGUAUCUAAGCUCUGGCAAUGGAUACGCCACCGGCCGAGCGUCAGAUGUUGAUGAAGAGAGCGUGCUGCAGGUGUUUAUCAAGAACACCUACUCAACCGCCAUCCUUGCGAGAAAAGCCAAGGUCAUCAUCGUUGCCGUCUUCCUUGGCAUGUUUGCUGCUGCGAUAGCCUUGCUUCCCACGGUGCAGAUUGGUCUUGAUCAGAGAGUUGCCAUUCCUGAUGGCUCGUACCUCAUCCCCUACUUUAACGACAUGUACGCAUACUUUGGCGUUGGCCCGCCUGUUUAUUUCGUCGCGAGAGAGAAUGUAGCGCAAAGGAUCGAGCAACAAGAGCUGUGCUCACGGUUUACCUCUUGCCAACAACUCUCGCUGACAAACACUCUAGAAAUGGAGAGACGCAGGCCCAAUGUGUCAUAUAUUGCAUCACCCACUGCUAGCUGGAUUGAUGACUUCUUCUUGUGGCUAAACCCGGCCUAUGAGACAUGCUGUACAAGAGGUCGAUCGGCGUGCUUCGCUGACAGAGACCCUGCCUGGAACACUAGCCUGUCCGGUAUGCCUGAAGACGACGAAUUCUUGCACUACCUCGACAAGUUCUUGAAGAGCGAUGCCGAUGAGGAGUGCCCGCUCGGAGGCAAGGCUGCUUACGGUCAAGCCGUGGUCCUUGACCAAGCCGCUACGAGUAUCAAAGCCAGCCACUUUAGAACAGCGCACACGCCGCUCCGCAGUCAGGAAGACUUCAUCAGUGCCUACUCGUCCGCACGCCGCAUCGCGUCGGAGAUCUCGGAGCGGACUGGUGCCGACGUGUUCCCCUACAGCGUGUUUUAUAUCUUCUUUGACCAGUAUCUCAGCAUUAUCCCCCUCACCGCCGGACUCUUGUCCGCGGCGGUCGGCAUCAUCUUUGUCGUAGCCUCUGUCCUGCUCGGCUCCACCCUCACCGCCGCCGUCGUGUCCGUCACCGUUGUCAUGAGUGUCGUCGAUAUCAUGGGCGCCAUGGCCGUCUUUGGCGUGUCCCUGAACGCCGUCUCCCUCGUCAACCUCAUCAUCUGCGUCGGUAUUUCAGUCGAGUUUUGCGCCCACAUUGCGCGUGCCUUCACCUUCCCCUCACGCACCGUUCUUGAGAGCAACACCAACGCCCUGCGCGGACGGGACGCGCGCGCCUGGACGGCGCUUGUCAACGUCGGCGGCUCCGUCUUCUCCGGCAUCACCGUCACCAAGCUGCUCGGCGUGUUCGUGCUAGCGUUUACACGCUCCAAAAUUUUCGAGAUUUACUACUUCCGCGUGUGGCUCUCACUCGUCGUCUUCGCGGCCCUGCACGCCCUCGUCUUCCUGCCGGUGGCGCUGAGCAUCGCCGGCGGCAGCGGCUAUGUGGAUCCGGAAAGCGAAGGCACAGCGGCCCAGGACCUCACAGACCGCCGGUGGCGGGCAAUCCGCAUUGGAGAUCAGAGCGACUCGGAGGAUGAAUACUAG